AUGACUUCCCCAAAGAGACGUAUCGAGAAAGAUGUUAUGGAAUUAAUGAUGAGUGAUCAUGACGUGACUUUGAUUGAUGACUCGAUUCAACAGUUUUUUGUUAUAUUCCACGGACCUCCAGAUACACCGUACGAAGGAGGUGUUUGGAAAAUUAGGGUAGAAUUACCGGAUCAAUAUCCGAUCAAAUCGCCUUCUAUCGGGUUUACUAAUAAGAUUUAUCAUCCAAAUAUUGAUGAAGGAUCGGGAUCGGUUUGUCUUGAUGUUAUAAAUCAAACUUGGUCACCUAUGUUUGGAUUGUUGAAUAUUUUUGAAAAUUUCUUGCCUCAUUUGUUAAGAUAUGCUAACCCAAGUGAUCCAUUGAAUACUGAAGCCUCCAACUUGAUGACAAAGGAUGAAUCAAGAUAUAAUGAAACAGUAAAGAAAUAUGUUCAACAAUAUGCCAAGAAUAAUCCCGAUGUAAUUGGCAAAGAUGAAGAUGAAAAUGAUGAUGACGAAGAUGAUGAGCUCAGUGAUGUUGGCAGUUUAUCAAGUAAUGAUGAGGAUGAGGAUGAUGAAAUGGCUGGAGAAAUGGAAAUGUAA